ACUAAAAGAAACGUGUGAAAAUUCACUUCGUGUGACGCGUCCCGUUGGUCCUAUCCAAAAUCGUCGAGGUCUGCUUCCGGCCGCCACCCCCCUCCCCCCCUUCUGCUCUCUACUCCCCACUUCACUUCGCUCCGAGCUCACUCCCAUUCACCAAUGGCGCAUACCGAUCAACAAAACGCUAAUUCCCUCAACUCUGAACCGACCCACAUCGACGGCAGCUAUCUCGUGUCCUUGUCCUUCGCACGCGCUGGCGUCGACCGCAUGUUCGGCGUCGUUGGUAUCCCCGUUACCUCCGUCGCCAACCAUGCCUUGGCCCUUGGCAUCCGAUUCAUCGGUUUCCACAACGAGCAGUCUGCCGGCUAUGCCGCCUCCGCCUAUGGGUACCUUACCGGCCGUCCGGGCGUUCUCCUCACCGUCUCCGGCCCCGGCUGCGUCCACGGCCUCGCCGGUCUCUCUAACGCCGGUGUGAACGCCUGGCCGAUGGUCAUGAUCUCCGGGGCUUCCGAUCAGAGGGACUUCGGCAGGGGCGAUUUUCAGGAGCUCGAUCAGAUUGGUGCUGUUAAACCCUUUUCCAAAUUCUCUGCAAAAGCCUCUGAUAUAUCCCAAAUCCCUAAUUGCGUCUUCCAGGUUCUCAAUCAAGCCGUUUCAGGUCGGCCCGGAGGGUGCUAUUUGGAUGUUCCGACUGAUGUAUUGCACCAGAGUAUCUCUAAAUCUGAAGCCGAAAAACUCUUGGCUGAAGCCGAGGUUUCCAGCAAACAGGAAGCGAAUGAAACUGUUGAUUAUGCUAAGAUUGAGAAGGCCGUUUCGCUGCUGAGGCAUGCCGAGCGGCCAUUGAUUGUGUUCGGCAAAGGUGCGGCAUUUGCGCGAGCCGAAGAUCCAUUGAAGAGGUUGGUGGAGACUACUGGUAUACCCUUUUUGCCGACUCCAAUGGGGAAGGGUUUGUUGCCCGAUACCCACGAGCAGGCGGCGACGGCGGCACGAUCGCUCGCAAUUGGUCGAUGCGAUGUUGCGCUUGUUGUGGGUGCUAGGCUCAACUGGUUGUUGCACUUCGGUGAGCCGCCCAGAUGGUCCAAGGACGUUAAGUUCAUAUUGGUUGACAUUUCUGAAGAUGAAAUUGAGCUAAGGAAACCGGAAGUUGGCUUGGUUGGUGAUGCAAAGCGGGUUUUGGAGAUGAUAAAUAAGGAGAUAAAGGACGAUCCUUUUUGCUUGGGGAAGUCCCAUUCCUGGGUUGAGGCAAUUUCGAAGAAGACCAAGGAGAAUGUGUCGAGGAUGGAGGCUCAGUUGGCUAAGGAUGUUGUGCCGUUUAAUUUUCAAACACCAUUGAGAAUUAUUAGAGAUGCAAUUCUUGCAUUAGGCAGCCCGGCUCCAAUUUUGGUAUCUGAAGGGGCGAACACAAUGGAUGUUGGUCGGUCAGUGUUGAUUCAGACAGAACCAAGGACAAGGUUGGAUGCAGGGACUUGGGGAACAAUGGGAGUUGGUCUGGGUUAUUGUAUUGCCGCCGCCGUGGCUUCACCCGAUCGGCUUGUGGUUGCUGUGGAAGGGGAUUCUGGGUUUGGGUUCAGCGCCAUGGAAGUUGAGACAUUGGUUCGAUAUCAGUUGCCUGUAGUUGUGAUAGUUUUUAACAAUGGUGGGGUAUAUGGUGGCGACCGGAGAAGAGCUCAAGAAAUUGUAGGGCCUUACAAAGAUGAUCCUGCACCCACUUCUUUUGUCCCUGGUGCAGCUUAUCAUACCCUAAUUGAAGCUUUUGGGGGCAAAGGCUAUCUUGUAGGGACGCCUGACGAACUCAAGUCUGCCCUUGGCGAAUCCUUUUCUGCACGGAAGCCAGCUGUGAUAAAUGUUACAAUUGACCCUUACGCUGGUGUAGAAAGUGGAGGAAUGCAACAUAAAAACUGAAUGGGUCUUAAUUGCUUCCUAUUAAAUUGCUUCACUGCUGCUGAUCAAGUUGACUGCAGUGGUGCUUAAUAAUGUAAAAUUUGUAAGCCUAGCCUUACUGUUCUCAUUUCAAAAUGCACACAAACCACCUGUUUAUUUGUUUCUGGUUUCCUUAUAUUGUUGAAUAAUGAGUGGGUAAUUGAUUGUAUUGGGUGGAGUAA